AUGUCACCAAAUAUAAAUGAUGGAGAUAAACUACCUCAGAUGUGUAAAUUGAAUGUUAUGGGUUCAUGUCCGGUAUCAUCAUCAUGUGUUCCGUCAACAACAAACAUUCCGAUUUGUUGCAAAACUGAUGCAAUGUGUCCUGCAAAACGAAUACCGUAUAUCAUUCCAGGCUCUGAUUCAACAGUAAGUUGUCAACCGGAUCGAGAAAAUUGUCCAUUAUCAUCAGAAUGUAUGGAAAGCUCAGUAAAAGGUUUUUAUAUGUGUUGUUUACGAACAAAUAAUAAAUCGAUGGAUGUAAAUUCAAAUUUGGAAAUUAAUUGUCCAGAAAAUCUUCCAACAAAUGGUCAACAAUGUCAAAUAAAUGGUGAUGAUAAAUGUCCAAAUGGAUAUAUUUGCUUGAAUCGUUUACCAUCAUCAGAAGGUUUAUGUUGUAAAACAAAACCAGUAUGUUUAAAAGGAAGGACACAUUUUAUUUCCGGACAAAAAGCACAGAUCUGUGGUCCAGAAUUGGAUGCAUGUCCAAAAGGUACAGCAUGUUUGGUAUCAUCCGUACCUGCUGUUAAUAUAUGUUGCAAAUUUGCAUCACUUCCGGCUGCAGCAUCAAAAUUCUCACGAUCUAAUUUAAUUACACCAUUAUGCUCAAAUGGUCGAACACCAUUCUAUGACCCCGGUUCACGAACACCACGUCAAUGCUUAACAUCACGUCGUGGUCAAUGUCCUAGCAAAUUUAUUUGUCAAGUAGCUAAAUCAGGUGGCUUAUAUUAUUGUUGUCCAGUUUCACCAUAUGAAUGUAUUAAUGGACGUAAAGCUUAUUUAGCGCCUGGUUCAUCAAUUCCAUUGACGUGUAACAUAAAUUUCAAUAGUUGUCCACCAGGUUACAGUUGUCAUCCGUCUGCAGAUGGUUCAGCUACAUUCUGUUGCUUAGAUGUUGCAUCAGAAGCGGAAUGUCCCAAUGGUGCUUCACCAUAUCUUUAUGCAAAUCGUCCAUUAGCUUGUCCAGCUGGAUCAAAUCGUUGUCCAACUGGUUACGGUUGUAUCAAAUCUACAGUUAACACUGUACAUCUCUGUUGCUCCGUAUCAUUUUCUCCUAUACCAAUGUGUACCGAUGGUAUUGCUUACAUCGAACCAGUAUCAAGUGAACCACAAGCUUGUUCACCUAUGCUAAAUAAUUGUCCACCUGGUUAUCAAUGUCAUGAAAGUUCAACAUUAGGUCAUUACCUGUGCUGUACUUCAGGACAUUUAAAUACUCGUUAUACUGGAUAUUGUCCAAUUGGUCAAAUACCGUAUGUCCGAUAUGCAAAUGAAGAACCACGAACAUGUCAUAUGGCUUUACAACCGUGUCCUACAGUAGCACAGUAUAUGUGUAUCUACAGUGUUGAAAAGAUGAAUUCAUACUGUUGCGCCCCAAUUGAUACCACUUUUAUUGCUCAAUCAGAAAUUUCAUCCCAACAACACAAACAACGUAUAUCAAUAGCUGAAGAUGGAUCUGGUUGUCCAAUAGGUUCUCAAACUUUAAUCGAUCAAUGGAAUCAAAUUCAAAGCUGUAAUCCAGGAAUAUGUCCACAAAUGUAUUCAUGUCAUUAUUCCGUUCAAUACAAACGUUAUCAAUGUUGCUUAAGUAUAUCAGAGAGCUUAUCAGGAGCAUUUAUAAUAGCUGCUGAUAAUGCUGAAAAUUCUGAAUGUGAACAAGGAUCAGCAAGAAUAAAGGGUCGAUGCAUGAAAUUACUUUAUCUUGGUCAAAAGGGUUGUACAGAAAAUGACCAAUGCUCGAUGCGUGUCGCUGAAGCACGAUGUGAUCGAAGUUAUUGCGUAUGUCCACGAAAUAAACUGAUACAUCAAUCAAAAUGUGUCACACAUUGUCCUGAAGGAUUCAUUGAUAUAGCCGGAAGAUGUCGUGAUCUAACAACAAUUGUCUUUAUGGAUUCGGUAGAUGAACGUAUCAAUGGUACCAUUGGUGGUUUUUGUAAGAAUACUGUUAUUGCUGAGGAACAAUGUGAUGUGGAUGAUUCAUACUGUAAUGAAAUUUCAGUUACCUGUCAAUGUAAACCGGGUUAUGAACUAAAAUUUGAUGCGAUCAAACAAGAUGAUACAGGCUCUUGCGUUAAAAUGGCAAAAAGCAAGUUUGCAAAUCAAACUUUGACAACAUUUGAUGAGACGAAUUUUAUGGAUUUUUAUCAUACGGAAGAUGAUCCAUUCAGAAAUGAUACUUUUCCGAUUUUUGAGAGUACAUCGUUAGAAGAUGAUUCGGAAAAUUUGGAACGUUAUUUAAUUCAAAUUGAUGAUCACAAUAUACCAAUCAUAUGA